ACUUGCUAGCCGUGCUCUGAUUCGACUUUAGAGCCGCCAGUCACCCCGCGCAAAGCACGCCUGUGCCGUUGUAUCUGGAUUCUGCACCUUAAUCCCCUGGUGGAGCAAGUUGUCUUUUCAGUGAAAAUUAUUAAAAUAAUCAAGAAAAAUGGUCGAGGAACAGAGAAGGCGGGUCGAAGACCAAAUGACGAAAAUGGUCGAGGAAAUCGACAAAACCUAUCUUCGAAAAAUGCAGGGAGACAUGCACAGAUGCGCUGCAGCGUGUUGUGACAACCAAACCUACAGUGUACAAAAAGUACAUAGCUGCGUAGAAAACUGUGGUGCACCGUUAAACAAGGCACAGCAGUAUGUGCAAGGAGAGUUUGAAAGGGUGCAGAAUCGAUUACAAAGGUGUGUUAUGGAAUGCAACGAUAAAAUAAAAGAUCACAUGGGACCAAAUCCAACUCAAAGUGAAGUUGACAAAUUCAGUGCAGACUUUGAGAAAUGUGCAACUAAGUGUGUUGACACUUACUGUGAUCUUCUGCCAGCAUUAGAAAAAACUAUGAAAAAAGUUUUAGGUAGUAAGCAGUUUGAAUAGCAACAAUGUUUUGCUUCUCUUCUUUAAAGAGAGUUGUAGAUAGCUUCUUAUUCUUCAGAUCAAAGAAAAAUAUUGGUUCAAUAUUUAUAACAGAAUUUUUAUAAGUAGCUCAUAUUUUCCGGAGCAUCAUUUGUGACUUAAUGUAGAAUACAUUUUUUAAUUCACAAAACAACAAGACGAUUUUUUUAGGAUUAAAUGAAUACAACAAAUGCAUGGUCAUAAUGUUUAUUAACUGUUACACUGCGUUUACACGCCAGUGCUUUUUUUAACAUAACAAAUUUACCAUUGCAAUUAAUACAAUUUAUAUUACUGUUACAAUAGACAUGUUGUUUAUUGCACGCUUUUCCAUGAUAUAAAACCUUCCCACUGCCGCUUGGUACAAUCUGUCAAAA